AUGGAGUCACGUGCUAUCGCGCUGGCGAUCGCCGCGAUCCGCGAUCCGCGACCAGUGAAGACAACCACCUUCCCAAUGGCGUCCCAUCAGAUCGCUAUUGCAAAGGCCUCUUUCUGUGCUUGCCUCUUGCGUCCUGAUCCUACAUCAGUCCCCCGUGAGGAAAUUUCAACCUUUCAUUCCUUGCUCGACCGCGCACUCUCGCACUGCUCCCCAGCGAACCUCCAGACAUGCAAGCUCUGGUUGCUCCGCUAUGUUGCUUUUUCAUCGAACCGAGUAGGGGGGUGGGCUAAAUAUCUGGUGGUGUUGGCGGGCUCCUUUGAGCCCUCCCAGGAAAGCGCUCGGCCCAGGCCGUCAGCAAAACGCCGGCAGCUCCACAUCCUCUAUCUACUCAAUGAUCUGCUGCACCACAGCAAAUACCACCUGGACUCCACGGCCACCUUCUCUACCACGAGCGGGUCCCUGCAGCCAUACCUGGUAGAUCUACUUGGACACGCAGCAGCCUAUGAUCGGCAGAAGCACCCCCGCCACCAUCGGCGGCUAGAUGAUCUACUCGACAUCUGGUCCGAGCACGGAUACUUUAGUUCCGACUUUAUUGAUAAACUCCGGGAAGUGGUGAAAAAUGCGGCCAUACUGGGGACCGCCCCGCCGUCAUCCACUGAUGCCGAGGUCGGUCAAGCAGAUGCGGCCAAGAAGCUCCCCGGAAAAGAGGUGCCUUUUAUCAUGCCACCUUCGCAUGGAGAUCCAUCCACCCCAUACUACGACCUCCCAGCCGCCAAUUUAGUCCCUCAUAUCAUUCCCAAUUCAACCAUUCCCCUCCGACCUGAUACCAUCAAGCCGCUGCAGUUCCUACGCGGCCCCGCGGACGCGUCACUGGUGCAUGCUCUGAAAGACUUUUUGAAAGAUGUGGAUCGGAUAUAUGGCGCGGAUGAUCUCAUCAAGGGCGAUGGCCAUACGGACAUUGAUGAGCUGGGUCAGACGAUCAACCGGGAUGAGAUCACCGGUGAUAUCCUCGAUGGAGAGACCUACUACGGGUGGUCUCGUGCAUUCUGCCAGCAGAUGAGAAAGAGGAAGCCAUAUGAUUCUCGCGGUCGGAGUCGGAGCGGCAGUCGAACGCGGGACGGUCCCAGGCGACGUUACAGUGACAGCUCCAUGAGCCAGGACAGCAGACGAUCCGAAUCACGGCCCCCAAGUCGAGACCAGUCCCGUCGGCAUGGAGCUCGUCCGCACUAUGAUGCUUCAUCACGAUCGAGAAGUCGUUCCCCGCGACGAUCACGCACCCAUGAGAGCUCGUAUUCACCACGGGAAUCAUCUCCCCCACGAUUCCCGCCCACUCAUCAUCAGCCCCCACCCCCUAAUGUAUCCUACCCUCCUCAUCAGCCUUAUCCAUAUGGUGCACCGUAUGGCCAGCCUCCCAUGCAGUCCAACCCUGGCUUUCCACCCCCACCUCCACCAAACUAUCACGGUGCCUGUCCCCCGUACCCACCCUCACAAAUGCCGGGCAUGCCCUUCCCUCCCCCCGGCCCAGAAAUGAGCCACUCUGCUUUUCCUCCGUACCAAGCUUCUUCUAUGUCCAUGGGUGCAGGCCAGCAUAUGCCCCCAGGGCAAUUCUACUUCCCUCCCCCUUAUUCUGGGGGUCAGCAUGGAGGCUGGGGAGGGCCCCCACCAGGUGGCAGUAGUCAACGAUGA